AUGUCCAACCAACCACCCCCUGCCUUCGGUGGCCAGCCGAACUACUCGCAGCAGUGGCCUCCCCCAUAUCCCUCGAUGAUGCCUCCCGAUUUUCAUACAAAUCCAGAUUAUCUGGCGGCGGCUCAGAUACCCCCAUUCAACCCAAAUCUGCCUUUUGAUCCCAAUUUGGCGGCCUUUUACGCCAAUUCGCAGCUGACUGGACCCGCCAGUCACGCUCACCCAUACUUCCCACCUCCCUUGCCAUUUAUGCAUCCGUUUGACCCAUCACAAAUCCCCCCUCAACCUUUUCCACCUGUGCCGGUACCACCUCUGGAUUACACAUCGUUGCAGGCGCCCGCAGGGUCCUCCAAUCCAAAGCCAGUGUCUGCGAAGGUACCUGCAGCGAACGAAAAUCAGCGACCGCAACCCCAAUAUCGGCAGCAAUCGAAGACAAGAUCUGGGCUGGUCGAUCGCAAUCGUGAGGAGGGCGAGGUUAGCGAUGAAGAAAUUGAACGGUCGCGCCCGAAGAAAGAUGCGAAGGCCUCCAACUCGACCAGGUGGAAACGUCAACCAAGUCACCAUUCUGAAAUGGAAGAGGGUGAAACAAUGUCAUCAAGGUCACGCACUUCAAGUAGAAGCAGCACACCCUAUAAUCCUCCUCUCUCUGUGGCUGCUGACCCUGAGGUGCUGGAUCGCGCUAUUGAAAUGCAGAAGCGGGAAAGCACGACCGCUGCCCUGAAAGACUCUCCGUUAUCCAGGUCAGCUAUACAACUUCGUGUACAAGCUCAGGGUGCCCUUCUCAGCUUAGUGCCUCAUAACAUCCAGUAUAAUGAACUGGUGGCAGAAGGCUUGAACCCAGCAAUUCUGAGAGAACUCUACAAGCAGGUUGGAAUCAAAGUUACCACUGAAGCUGAGAAAUCUGUCCAAAACUCAACCGCUCAAGUGCCGGUAUCGAUUAAGCCAGCACAAGCAGCCACGCCACCUAAGGUCGAUGAUGUUCGACCGAAAUCUACUGCUGCAACUCCGAUCUCUGCAUCGGUCACAUCUUCCGCCCCACAGUCCGACUCGGGGAAGCCGAUGGAGCGAAAAGAAGUUAUCGCCAGAAUGCUUGCUGCGAAGGCCGCGAAAUCAUCGGAGGCUGCAACUAAGGCGGUGCCAAACGAACCUCGAAGCGUUGCGGCGACUCCCACCCCCACCCCAUCUUCUACAUCCAGUGAUGCAAAGGCCAAAUCAAUUGCAGUCCCUAUGAGGGAAAAAAAUAAAGCUCAGACAGAGUUGGCAAGACAGCGAAUCGAGGAGCUCAAACGGCAAGCAUUGUUAAAAAGCCAACAAAAGGUUCAGCUCAGUCGACCUAGCAAUGUCUCCCAGGUUGAUCAGGCUGCCGACAGCUCAAGUACUGCGGCACCAGUCGCCCAGCAUCCACUACCUGUCCGUCCCCCUGUUUCUCAACCCUCGGAAUCCGCCACCAUUCCAGGACUAUUCAUGACUGGGUUGAAGCAGGAUGCAGACCUACAAACCCCUACUGAAACAUCUCAGGGAGUCGUCAUCGAUACGGCACCCAUUUCCCGAGCAAGCCAGCGCAAACGGCCUCGGGCCUCGGACUUUGACGAGCCUGACGCAGCUUAUAAGAAGCAAUUGGGUUAUGGGACGGGUCAUUUACGUCCUGCAGAUCGGGUCGUCAUUGAGUUCAGUGAUGAUGAUGAGGACGAAUCACUAUAUGGAGACGACCCUGACUCCAUGGAUGUGGACUCGAAUCACGAAAACGAGGCCCAGGCUGCGAUGGUCCUCGAUAAUACUCGGCCUUCGCUUCAAAAAUACCCUUCAUCAUCUUCCACUCCACAGGGCCUUUCGUGGCAAAGUGACAACGAAAAUAUGCGACAGAAAGAUUUGGAGAUUCAGGCAAUGCAUCGUAAGAUAGCACUGCUUGAGCAGCAGCGAAAGGCACGGAAGGCGAAAGAAGCUGCCAACCGAAUUGAGUCACCCCGUACCGUUGAUGAUUCUGCUACAUCGUCCUCUGCAGAAAAUUUGAGUCCCAUGGAUGUUUAUGAAGCAGAAACCUCUGUCUCAGCCUCCACUGCAAAGGCAGCGGCCGGCACAAGCACCACGAUGACCAGUUUCGCUGACCAGUCGAACCUUAUUGAUUCCUUCAUGGCUUCAAGCUCUCAGGUAUUCAGAUCCUCGGACAGGGAAGAAAAUGACAUUGGUGAAACAGACGCCUCUGUCCCACAUUCCUUCGCAACGGCCCCUUUGGUCGCUCAAGAAGCUGAAGUCAACCCUUCUAUCAAUCAAGCCAAAGAUCUUGCUGCAUCACGUUCCAGUCCCUCGCAGUCUGAGUCUUCUGGCUCCGCGAUGGAUGAAUCUGAGGAUAUCUCUAGCCCCCGCGAUGGUUCUCCUAGUGAUGAUGAGCCUGCUACGCUUGGCGAACCACAAAUAUUGGAUUCCGUAGCCAGCUCGACACCACCCCACGCCGAGGCCUCUAUCCCGGGGUCAAAUCACAUUUUGUCUACUAAAGACGGGGCUGUCGAUGCACUGAGCACUGGACAAGGCUCGAGUGAGCAAGAGUCUCCUACUGAGCCUCCAGCUGUGCCUCUUGCCGAGGGCCCACCACUCGACGUGACCCAACACAAUAUCAUGGAGGAUACUGGCGACCAGGAUGUCGAUGCAGAGCAGUCCUUGCGUGAAUCAUCCGCAGCAUCGGAAGAAUCGGAAGCGUAUGAACCUCCGGAGGUGGAGACUACAGAAGAGCCUAAUUCACCCUACAGUCCACCUUUCAGCCCCGCUCCUCUAGAGGAUCCGAAGAACGAUAUGGCUAUUCUGGACGACCUUCCAGUUGAUAAACCACUAACGGGUGCAUCUCAGGUGCCGGUAUUGGAACCUCAGCCCGAUUCUCAGGUCGGAAUACUUGGUAACCAAACGUCAUCAACACCUGCCACCUCGAACUCAAAAUUUACUCCCUACGUCAGCCCUCUGCGUUCUUUUAAGGCCUAUCGAUACCACCCUGGCUAUACUGAGGAUGUUUCGGACGGUUACCGUUCGCUAACUUACAGCCAUGACAUUGACUCGAUGAAUUACUUUUGCCCUUAUGAACUGGCUGGUGGCGUGUGCAAUGAUCGGUCUUGUCAAUUCCAACAUUUCCGGGACAUGACUCUUAGCGAUGACAAGAUUCUUAUCGAGAUGGGAUCCGUUCGAGAGGGCGAAACCGAAGAAGAAAAAGAAAAGUAUCUUGCCGGACUUAAAGAGAUCAUCAACGAGAUGCGACGUGACAAGGUGAAAGAUUUCAGCACUGUGGCUGCUGAGAUAGCCGCAUACCGUAGGCGCUUUCUCCAAGACCCCUCGCGCGUCUUGUCCCUGUAACAUUGAAGCACAUCCUCCAAACCAAGGAUGUCCUCAAAACGAGCUGACACAGCCUAUCUGGCUCGCUC